UUAAAGAGUGUGAUCAGAAAAAAGAAUUCCCCAGCAAUAUUGCAUCGCAAAUUCUUGGUUUAGAGAUAACAAGUUCGACAUUAUCUGAAUUUCUCUUUUUUGUCGUCAUUUGUGGUGUUUACGUCAAGGAUGUGAAAAUCUAAUUACUUUUCCAAAAGGGUGAAAGAACAACAUAACAUUAACAUGGUUUGGCUUUCUUCCAUUCCUCACAUUUCUGACUUUCUUGUUAUCUCUCGGUGUCUAGAUUUCCUUGCCAAAUUUUGAACUUUUUCCCCAAAAUUUUUCACCCAAAUAAAUUUUCCUUCGUUACCAAAUUCUGGGUCUAUCUAUCUUUCUCUCUCUCCAAUCCCCUUUUUGUGAUAAAAACCAAAGGGAAAUUUCCUUCACCUUCAAAUCUGAGUUGGGUUGUCCUUGUCCCCUCUCUGAGUUGGGAUUUGUAUCAAUAGAAACAAAUCCUAAUUUAGAGAGAAGGGUGCAUUUGUAUUGAAAGUGUUCAAAUUCCUUGAAUUCAAACCAAUAUGACAAGAGGAUAGCCCAAAUGAUCCUUCAGUAAUUCAACUUCGAGGUUUUGAGCUUAUUUCUUGGCUUAAAUGAAGCAAUUUCCUACUAAGUUGUCUUUAUCUUGGAGGAGGGAUUUGGGUUCGACUUCAGAUUGGUUAUAUUUUGUGUGUAAUUGAUUCAUAAGAAAAGUUAUAUAAAAAAAACCUUUUUUCUUAUGUUGUUGAAUGGGUUGAACUAUGAGUUUUGUGGACUAGGAAGAGUGGUAUUUUUUAUCGGUUUAUUUACUAUUGAAUUGUUGGGUUCAAUAUGGGGAAGAAAAAACAGGACGGAGAAACAAGUGAAGAUGGAGGAAAUCAUAAGAAAGUUGAAGAUAAAAGCCACAAAGCAUAUGAUAAUGAUACUAUGAUGUUUAUAUCAAUGUCUCAAGAGUUGAAAGAUGAAGGGAACAAGUUGUUUCAAAAGAGAGAUCCUCGAGAAGCUUUGGUAAAAUAUGAGAAGGCCCUUAAAUUGCUUCCAACAAAUCAUGUAGAUGUGUCCUAUAUACGGAGUAACAUGGCUGCGUGCUACAUGCAAAUGGGGCUCAAUGAGUAUCCUAGAGCAAUCCAUGAAUGCAAUUUGGCUCUUGAAGUAACACCAAAAUAUAGUAAAGCUCUGAUGAAAAGGGCAAGGUGUUAUGAGGCUUUAAAUAGGCUAGAUUUUGCACUAAGAGAUGUUAGCACUAUUUUGAAGAUGGAUCCAAAUAAUAUUAUGGCAUUGGAAAUAUUAGAUAAGGUGAAACAUGCACUUGAAGAUAAGGGGUUAGUAGUAAAUGAUACGGAAAUUGAGUUGCCUCCUGAUUAUGUUGAACCACCUUUUACUUUACCUCUAAAAGAAGUAGUGAAAAAAAAGACACAAAAAAAGAAGAAGAACAAAGAGAAGGCUAAUCUUCCUAAUAAAAUUGAAGAAAAACAACCUGAGGAUAAAUUGGAAGAGAAUAAAGUUGAGGAAAAAUUGAAAGAAAAGAAAGUUGAUGACAACAUUCUAGUAAAAAUAAAUGGGGGUAGUCAGAAAGAGAAGAAGGCUAAGAAAUCUAAAAGGAAGGCCAAGGAAAAAGUUGAUGAAAAGAAGGAUGUUGUUAAGGAGGUUAUUGAGGAAAAAAGUAAUGAUAAAAGUGAAGGUAUACCUAAGAAGACAACAAAACUUAUUUUUGGUGAGGAUAUAAGAUGGGCUGAAUUGCCAGUUAAUUGUAACCUCUUUCAAUUAAGAGAAGUUAUUUGUGAUCGAUUCCCUAGAGUAGGAGCAUUUCUUGUCAAAUAUAGGGACCAUGAGGGUGAUCUGGUCACUAUCACUUGUGAUGAAGAAUUAAGGUGGGCUGAAAUAGGAGCACAAGGUUCUAUCCGAUUGUACAUAGUGGAAGCUAAUCCUGAUCAUGACCCAUUCUUUCAAAAUAUUAAUGUAAAGAAUAAACAAACGGUUAACAUUGAUAAUUCUCCUGUGAAUGGUUCUGUGGUGAAAGCGAAGGACAUCAUUAGCUCCUCUUGCAUUGAGGAUUGGAUAAUUCAUUUUGCACAACUAUUCAAGAACCAUGUUGGGUUUGAAUCUAACAAAUAUUUAGAUUUUCAUGAACUUGGGAUGAAGUUAUAUUUAGAGGCUUUGGAGGAGACAAUUAUAAGUGAGGAAGCACAAUGCCUAUUUGACAUGGCAAGUGGUAAAUUCCAAGAAAUGACAGCUCUAGCGUUGUUUAAUUGGGGAAAUGUGCAUAUGUCCAAUGCAAGGAAGAAAGUAUAUUUAACAGAGAAUUCUUCUAAAGAACAUGUGAUUGAACAAAUCAAAAGUUCAUAUGAUUGGGCACAUGAAGAAUAUGAAAAGGCUGGAGAAAAAUAUGAAACAGCCAUUGAAAUUAAGCCAGAUUUUUAUGAAGGGUUUUUAGCACUAGGCCAGGAGCAGUUUGAGGAAGCAAAACUUUCUUGGAAUUAUGCACUCUGUAGUAAUGUAGAUUUCGCAACAUGGCCCUCCAUUGAGGUUCUUCAAUUGUACAACAGUGCUGAGGAUAAUGUGGAGAAAGGAAUGUUGAUAUGGGAAGAAUCAAGAGAGGAACAAUUGAGUGAAACCUCUUAUCCUAAUGACAUUAGAUUACAUUUGCAGAACAUGGGGUUGGAUAUGCUAUUCAAAAAUAUGUCAUCAAAUGAAAUUUUUGCGCAUGUAGAAAAUAUGAGGUCACAAAUAAAUCUUCUAUGGGGUACUAUGUUAUACGAACGCUCAAUAGUGGAAUUUAAAUUAGGGCUACCUGAAUGGCAUGAGUGUUUAGAAGCUGCAAUUGAGAAGUUUGAACUUGUUGGAGCUUCUACAACAGAUAUAGCUAUGUUAUUGAAGAACCAUUGUUCAAAUAACACUAAUGUAGAUGGUCUUGGAUUAAAAAAUGAUGAAAUUAUACAAACAUGGAAUGAGAUGUAUGAAGCUAAAAAGUUGCAGAAGAGUGUUCCAUCGUUUCGUUUGGAGCCCUUGUUUAGAAGAAGAAUAUCAAAAAUUUACCAUGCCUUCGAGCUUGUAUGAAUUUUAUUUUUUUUGCAAUGUGUUGAAGAAUAAUGGUGUCAAAACCCACAUGGGUUGCUUUUGUGUCUCAAAUGUUAUUGUCAUCAUUAAGGUAACUAAGAGUCCUAUACCAUUGUUGAUAACAUUCAUAUUAUUCUUUUUUAUUUACAUUUAUAUAGAGUGAGACUAAGUACAUUCUACAAAAGC